UCAAUUAUCCCUCCGCGUGAAGAUAGGUGGCGCGUGCUGCUCGGAGGUCUCGAGCCUGUUUCUGGUGCAGAAACGGGAGAAUCGGUGACGGGCUCCGGGAGGAGACGCCACGCAGACCGCUGCGGGACCCGGACCAGACCGCUCUGCUGCAGCACCGGGACGCACCGGGACGCACCGGGACCCUCCUCAUCCUUCUUCAUAUUUUAGGGCGGAGGUACACGCGCAGCGCCACUUUUUUCUUCAUCGCUGCUUCUGUUCUCCGGCGGUGUCUCUCUCCGGUGGUGUCUCUCCGGUGGUCUCCGGGAGCGCGGAGGAGCAGCGGAUCCGGAUCGAGGAGCCCAUGCGGACCGGAUCGAGUCCUCAAUGAAGCAGCAGAUCAUGGCGGAGGGUCCCCGCUGCAAGAGGCGAAAGCAGGCCAACCCCCGGAGGAAGAACGCAGUGUUGAACUAUGAGGAUGUGGUGGAGACGGGUUCAGAGACGGACGAGGACGACCAGCCUCUGGUCUCUGAGGAGAACGGCCUCGGUAACGGAGAUGGAGGAGGAAGAGGAGGAAGAGGAGGAAAGGAUGAGGAAGCGUGCAGUCCGGUCGGUGUGCCCCCUCUGGAGGCGUCGCCCCGGGUCGCCCACGCCCUGCUGUCCUACCCGGACCAGGAGGACUUAGAUGGGCUCCAGGACCACCAUCAGCACUGGAGACUCGGAGGCGACACCAACAUACACCCGAACGGCAGCGAUGACAGGACAGACGAGUAUGAAGCUGUCGAUCCAGAAGGAAACAGAACAGGAUCAGUGAAGCGACCGGUCGGCGUCUCUGAGUUGGACGAGUUCCUCCUGAAACGCAAGCUAGAGGACGGAGACGGUCACCCGGCAACCAUCGCCGAGUACCUGCAGCGCAGCGACACUGCCGUAAUUUACCCAGAAGCCCCGGAGGAGGUGAAGCGACUGGGCACCCCGGAAGCCACCGACCAGGACGAGAGCGAGCACGACCUGCUGUCGGGCACACCUGACGCCUUCGCCCAGCUGCUCACCUGUCCGUACUGCGAGCGCGGCUACAAGCGCUUGACGUCUCUGAAGGAGCACAUCAAGUAUCGGCACGAGAGGAACGAGGAGAGCUUCUCCUGCCCGCUGUGUGCCGACGGCUUCGGCCACCGCGCCCAGCUGGAGCGUCACAUGACCACGCACCAACCUGCUGGAGACCAGCCGCCGCUGCUGAGCGACGCCGCUGGGAACCGCAAGUUCAAAUGCAACGAGUGUGGCAAAGCCUUCAAGUACAAACAUCACCUGAAGGAGCAUCUCCGUAUUCACAGCGGUGAGAAGCCGUACGAGUGCUCCAACUGUAAGAAGCGCUUCUCCCACUCCGGCUCCUACAGCUCCCACAUCAGCAGCAAGAAAUGCAUCGGCCUGAUUGCCGUGAACGGACGGGUGCGCAACGGCAACAACGGCAAACCUGGUUCCUCCCCCAACUCCACGACCUCAUCGCCUGGAAGCCCCGCCCUCGCACAGCUCCGCCACAAACUGGAAAACGGGCGCCCGCACGCCCCUUCAGACCAACAUGGUCAACUCGACAUCAAACCUGAGCCAAUGGACUUCAACGAGUACCGGCUGCUGAUGGCUUCUCAGCACGGAUUUGGGGGAUCAGGGGUCUACCUGAACAGCCGUGGUGGAAGCCCCCUGGCCAUCCACAGCUCCUCCCAGAGCCCCCUUCAACAUCUUGGAGGCAUGGGGCUGGACCAUCCUCUGCUGGGCUUCUCGGGUUCUUUCUGUAACAACCUGAGUGAGGUGCAGAAGGUGCUUCAGAUAGUGGACAAUACAGUGUGCAGGCAGAAGAUGGAUGGGAACCCAGAGGAGAUCUCCAAGCUCAGGGCCUACAUGAAGGAGCUGGGGGCCCAGAUGGAGGAGCAGAGGCUGGUGCAGGCCGGUUUCCAGGUGGUGGGUCAUGGCAGCCCCACAAAGAGCAUCAUCGACUACACGCUGGAGAAGGUUAACGAGGCCAAGAGUCUGAUCGACGACUCUAAGAGGCAAGUGGACAUCAAGAAGGAGAAGCCAAACCACUCAACUGAUCUCAGCUGUGAGGAGAAAUCUCACGAUGGCCAGAACCAGUUCCGGCCAUUCUCUUGCCAGUACUGCAAGGAGACCUUCACCGGGCCAAUCCCUCUGCAUCAACACGAGCGCUACCUGUGCAAAAUGAACGAGGAGAUCAAAGCAGUCCUGCAGCCGAUGGACAGCAGUCCUGCCGGACACAGGGAGGCAAUACCCACUGAGCUGUCCACUAGCGAGCAGGCCACCAGUCCCAUGAACCCCUUCAAAAACCACGUGUCGGUGCUCAAGGCCUACUUUGCCAUGAACACUGAGCCCAACUCAGAAGAACUGCUCAAGAUUUCAAUGGCUGUCGGCCUUCCUCAAGAGUUCGUCAAGGAGUGGUUUGCCCAGUGGAAGAACCAAAAACAUAACGAAAGCCGUCUGAGGAAGAAGUCGCCCCCCCCUGACCCCGGCGGGCUGGAUGUUAACCACAGCUUUAGCCGGUCACAAAUGUCCCUUCCGACCGUAGAUUUACACCGAGGUUUCACUAACGGUGAUGCCUCCCACAGACUCACAAAGGCCAACCAGUUUACAGGCAACAGGCAGAAAAAAGGGGACAAACCACUAGACCCCUUAGACCACUUGAGGAGCAACACUCCGUCGCCUCUCAACCUUUCCUCUACUUCCUCCAAAAACUCUCAGAGUAGCUGUUACACUCCAAACAGCCUAGCUUCUGAGGAGGCCCAUGGGGAUAUACCACUGGAUCUGUCGCUGCCCAAACUCAUGGCCCUGAAGCUCAUGUCUGUGAGGGAGAAGCAACCCAGGGUCAACGGUUUCAUCAUUGAGCGCAAUGGCGAGGCGCUAGGACGAGAACAGGUGUCGAGGCCCAUGGAUCUGGUCAACAUCAAGAAAGAAGUCCUGUACUCUGAUGGUGGAGGUAACUCUAUCCACCAGCUGGAGAAAAGCACCAGUCCCAUCUUUGGGAUUAAUCCCUUUGCUGGGGGUCCCGUCUACAACUCUCUGCCAUCUCACGGAGCGUUUCCUCCACCCACCUUCAUGUCUCCUGCCCAGGCCACCAUCCCGGGCCUCAGGCCCUACCCGGGCCUUGACCCCAUGAGCUUCCUGCCCCACAUGGCCUACACCUACGCCACCGAGGCAGCCACGUUUGCUGAAAUGCAGCAGAGGAGAAAGUACCAACGGAAACAAGGUUUCCAGGGAGAUCUGCUGGACGGGACGGCGGACUAUCUGUCGGGCCUGGACGACCUGACAGACAGCGAUUCGCUGCUGUCCAAGAAGAAGAUUAAGAAGACUGAAAGUGGUAUGUACGCGUGUGACUUGUGCGACAAAACAUUCCAGAAGACCAGUUCCCUCCUAAGACACAAAUAUGAGCACACAGGGAAGCGUCCUCACCAGUGUCAGAUCUGCAAGAAGGCCUUCAAACACAAGCACCACCUCAUCGAGCACUCGCGCCUGCACUCCGGAGAGAAACCCUACCAGUGCGACAAGUGCGGCAAGCGCUUCUCCCACUCGGGCUCGUACUCGCAGCACAUGAACCACCGCUACUCGUACUGCAAGAGGGAGGCGGAGGAGCGCGAGGCGGCCGAGAGGGAGGCCAGGGGCGAGGGCGGUGGAGGAGGAGCAGGAGGUCUGGAGGAGCCCACCGAGCUGCUGAUGAGGAGGGCCUACCUUCAGGGGCUCGGCCCGCUCGGGUACUCGGACCCCGAGGACCAGCAGGAGGACGGCGGUAUGAUCAUGAGGGACAGCGGAGAGGGAGGAGGAGGACGGGAGGAGAGGGACGAAGACAAGACAUACGAGGAGGUGACAGAUAGACGGGAGGAAAGUUUCAGGGAAGGAGACGAGGUAGACGAGGAGGAGGAGAAGGAGGAAAGAGACAGCAAGAGCCAGAUGGACUCAAUGAUGGACGACAAGGGCAAAGACACGACGCAGCUGAUGGACGACAGCUCACGAGAAGGGAAGACAGACGGAAGGUCAGAGCAGGACGACUGAUGUAGAGACAGGAACACUCCGAACAUUCGCCACGCUGGCGUCCUGUUUCUCAAACAACAGCUUUUAAGGACUGAACACAAAUGAUUGAGGUUUAUUUAAACUCAGCAUCAAACCAGUGUUUUAGUCCCGUGAUCUGUCCACAAUGUCCCCUAUGACAUGUCCAAGCUUCACAAUGUCCCCUAUGACAUGUCCAAGCUUCACAAUGUCUCUUAUGACAUGUCCAAGCUUCACAAUGUCCCCUAUGACAUGUCCAAGCUUCACAAUGUCUCUUAUGACAUGUCCAAGCUUCACAAUGUCCCCUAUGACAUGUCCAAGCUUCACAAUGUCCCCUAUGACAUGUCCAAGCUUCACAAUGUCUCUUAUGACAUGUCCAAGCUUCACAAUGUCCCCUAUGACAUGUCCAAGCUUGACAAUGUCUCUUAUGACAUGUCCAAGCUUCACAAUGUCCCCUAUGACAUGUCCAAGCUUCACAAUGUCUCUUAUGACAUGUCCAAGCUUCACAAUGUCCCCUAUAACAUGUCCAAGCUUCACAAUGUCUCUUAUGACAUGUCCAAGCUUCACAAUGUCCCCUAUGACAUGUCCAAGCUUCACAAUGUCUCUUAUGACAUGUCCAAGCUUCACAAUGUCCCCUAUGACAUGUCCAAGCUUCACAAUGUCCCCUAUAACAUGUCCAAGCUUCACAAUGUCUCUUAUGACAUGUCCAAGCUUCACAAUGUCCCCUAUGACAUGUCCAAGCUUCACAAUGUCCCUUUUGACAUGUCAAUAAUGCCCCCUAUGACAUGUCCAAGCUUAACAAUGUCCCCUAUGACAUGUCCAAGCUUCACAAUGUCCCCUAUGACAUGUCCAAGCUUCACAAUGUCCCCUUUGACAUGUCCAAGCUUCACAAUGUCUCUUAUGACAGGUCCAAGCUUAACAAUGUCCCCUACAACAUGUCAAUAAUGCCCCCUAUGACAUGUCCAAGCUUUAUAAUGUCCCUUAUGACAUGUCAAAGCUUCACAAUGUCCCCUAUGACAUGUCCAAGCUUAACAAUGUCCUUUUUGACAUGUCAACAAUGCCCCCUAUGACAUGUCCAAGUUUAACAAUGUCCCCUAUGACAUGUCCAAGUUUAACAAUGUCCCCUACGACAUUUCCAGGCUUAACAAUGUCCUUUAUGACAUCUCUAAGCUUAACAAUGUCCCUUAUGACAUGUCAACAAUGUCCCUUAUGACAUGUCUAAGCUUAACAAUGUCCCUUAUGACAUGUCAACAAUGUCCCCUACGACAUGUCUAAGCUUAACAAUGUCCCUUAUGACAUGUCAACAAUGUCCCUUAUGACAUGUCCAAGCUUAACAAUGUCCCUUAUGACAUGUCAACAAUGUCCCUUAUGAUGUGUCCAAGCUUAACAAUGUCCCCUACGACAUGUCAACAAUGUCCCCUACGACAUGUCAACAAUGUCCCCUACGACAUGUCCAAGCUCAACAAUGUCCCCUAUGAUGUGUCCAAGCUUAACGUCGUGUAAAUUUAAAGUUUAAAAUUCUAUUUGUGAGCUUCGGUCUGUGAAGCUUCUGUUGAAAAAGUCCUGAAAUAUUAAAAUCUUCCAUAAAAAAAGAAACAAAAACAUUACGAAAGACACUUUACAAACACAAACUAAGCUCAGAGUGUUUACCUUUUGUUUGAACCAGAAAGCGUAUUUUUACCGUUAGCUACCAUGUAGACAGUGGGCUUGCUAAUUGUAAUGCUAAUAUUUAUUAGCAAUGCAACUGAACUUAGUGACUUCUAACUGCUAGUUAUGGAUCAGAUGCUAACUCUGCUAGAAUGCUCCUGGCUAACAAGCUAGUGGUUAGCUCUCCAGCUACGGCAGUUGAUGGAAUAGCCACAUAAUUAGCUAACACGCGCAAACAAGAUUUUUCAGAACUAUAUCUGAUCACAGAAAUAACACUUUGAUUCAUUUCUAAUUGAAGCUCGUUUUUCAAGUUCUACAGUUGGAACUUGAAGUUCAGAUAUUAGUUCAACAUCAGUUCAGAUAUUAGUUCAACAUCAGUUCAGAUAUUAGUUCAACAUCAGCCACACACGGUGGCUAAUUAACACAAUACGAGACUUUUCAUGGUGCAGCUGAAAUCCUUUCUGUUCAGUCCUCAACACGACGACGUCACAAAGCUGGUGGGAUUGUUUAAAAAUCCACAUUAUGCAAAAAAUAAACGAUAAAAUAAAAGUAAUAAUGUUUCUCAUUAUAAUGAAGUGAAGCUGUUUUUAAUGUACAGUAUUAUAAAGGCCUAAAAGCUGUGUGGUGCUAUGAUGUUCUUAACUUCCCGUGUCCCGUCGUGUUCGAAACCCCGCAUCAGGAAAUUGCACUUCUCGACUCCUCGAAUCACUACAGAAAAAAAUAAAAAAAUAAAAAAAAUAAAAAGAGGGGAAAAAAAGCCUCGAACACGCGGUCACUUCCUGUCAGUGUUAUCGUUGUAUUUUGUCUCUUUUGACUGUGACGUUUUUUUUAAUUUUUCGAUCCUGUUUUAUUUUGUUUUGCCAACUAACCACACGACUUUGGGCCUACUGAUUUAUUUUUCUUUAUGUGAAGGAACAUUUAAUAAAAACCUGUGUGAUAUUCAAAAUAAAAUGUCGAUGUAAGUCUUAAAAAGGAGAGGAAGGAGCGUAAUAUGAAAGAUAAAAAUAAAAAAGGACAGAGCCUUUGUUUGUGUGUUGAAUUGUUUCUCCAGAGAAAGCCUUAUAUGCAAACCUGUUCACCUGUGCGUUUCUGCAAAGUGCCAUCCCUGUACAGCGCCUGUCCUCCGCUCUGCUUCAGUAUUAACAUGUCAUCCACCUUCUGACUCGUCAGUAUUAGCGUAGAUAGACGCAGUUUGUUAGUUUACACACGUUUGUGCAAUUUUCUCUUCCUGUUUGUUCCAUGACAGUAUUUCUUUGUCAGUAUUUUUUUUUUGUUGUUGAAUUUUUCAACACAAAUUAAAUGUUUUUUGUUUUUAAUUGAGAAUUUACCAUUUUAUUUAUGUGAGUCGUUUUAUAUUUCCUAAUUGUAUUUAUUUCAUACUGUAGUGUACAGUAUUAGAGUUCCUCACAAAUAGAUAUAUUUUAGUUAAAAAUAUUCUGUCAUUGACUAUUGGAGCAAAAAUAUGAAUAGAGAGCGUUUAUGCUAUUUGGAACAUUUCAAUUGUUUUGUCUUUUGUUUUGUUUUCCUAUUGGAAACUACUGGAAAUUCUAAAUUUGGGGAACUUUUGAUACCAUGAUUAUUGUGAAAACACUGUAUUUUUUAGACUUAAAUCCACUUUAUUCAUCCCACUGAGGAGGUGAUGAAGGACUGAUGAUGAUGAUGAUGAUGAUGAUUAAGGAAUUCCUAAAAAUGUCUGAAGUAUUAUUAUUGAAUUUAUAAUUUCUCUUGGAAAUGACCAUGCUCGAAUAAAUGUAGCCAAAUAAAAUUUUAAUAAAACUGUGUUAUUCUUCUUGUA